AUGCCUAAGGGGUCCUGUCUAUGCCAGAAGCUUCAAUAUGAAUAUCAAGGGGAGCCUGUAGUGAAGGCAAGAAAAGUCAACAUCCCUAAAGACAAGGUCCAUGUCAUUUCUGGCUUCGCCAAACAAUUUACUCAACUUCAUGAAAGCGGCAAGAAAUUGACUAUCAAUUUCUGUGGCGAAUGCGGAGGUACUGUCUACAAGACACACGAGUCUUUCCCGGGGAGUAUUAUUAUUCUUGCGGGGACACUAGACGAUCCUGAUGGACUUGAACAGUCAAAACCGAGCCAGGAAUUGUUUUCUAAGCACCGUGUCUCAUGGCUAUCAGGCUUGAGCUGGGCCGAACAGAAACAGGAAUUUUGA